AUGACCAAGGAUUCGCCCAACCCCUCCGGCGGCGGCCGCGCGUCGCCCAAGAAGCCGGGCAGCCCUGGCCCGGUACUGGCAGUGCUGGAGGAGCAAAGGAGGGAGCUGGAGAAGCUGCGGGCCGAGGUGGAGGCGGAGCGGGCGCGUGAGCGGGCCGAGCGGCGGCGCUUCGCUGCCCAGGCGCGCCAGCUGCGAGAGGCUGCAGAGCGGGAGCGGAAGCAGUUGGCUGACCAUCUGCGCUCCAAGUGGGAGGCACAGCACCGCCGGGAGCUGCGGCAGCUGCAGGAAGAGAUGCAGCGGGAGCGCGAGGCCGAGAUCCGGCAGCUGCUGCGCUGGAAGGAGGCCGAGAUGCGGCAGCUGCAGCAGCUGCUGCACCGCGAGCGCGACGGCGUCCUGCGCCAGGCCCGGGAGCUGCAGCGCCAGCUGGCCGAGGAGCUGAUGAACCGCGGCUACUGCGGCCACGCGGGGGCGCCCGAGGUCUCCGCGGCGAAGUGCCGCUGUCGCUUGCAGGAAGUGCUGGCGCAGCUGCGCUGGGAGAACGACGGCGAGCAGGCAGCACGCAUCCGCCACCUGCAGGCGGCGCUCGACGUGGAGCGCCAGCUAUUCCUCAAGUACAUCUUGGAGCACUUCCGCUGGCACCCCGCUUUGUCCGGUCCCCCGGGCCCCCAGGCUGUACAUUCCUCGAAAGAACCGCUUCCCAAGACCGCGAGCAGUGCUCGCCUCACUCCAAAGCCCGCUUGUCUACUCAGAUCCUUCGACAGCCUGAGCUCCAGCAUCCGCGUGCGCUCCCUCUCCCUCGACCUGGUCCCCGCGUCGUGCUCAAGCUCUCCAGACGGCCUGCUCCCCACGCGCUCCAGCUCCCUCGAUUCCUUGGCACCAGUGCGUUCCCGCUCCGUCGACAGCACUCUGGGUUGCCCAAAGGCCUCCGAAUCCGAGGAGCGGGCCUCCUUGCCAGACACCUUCAUCCUGGACUCCCUGAGUCCCCCGCCACCACCGCCGCCACCACCGUCAUCGGCACGCGGGAAACCUAGCGACCCGCAGGGAGGAGAAGGCUUUGGGAGACAGCCCUGCGAAGCCCUGACCCCCUCGCCGCCGAGCCGGGACUAUCACGAGCUGGUGAAGCAGAACUCAGAGCUGGCCGAGGCGUUGCAGGUGUUGGCGCGCCGCUGCUCUGGCCUGCGCGAGGAGAACAUGCAGCUACGGUGUGCAGGCUUCCCGGACGAGGCGGACGAGAAGUUGAAGCGGCUCAAGGUGAAGCGCGCGGAGCUGACUGGCCUGGCGCGGCGCCUGGAAGACCGGGCCCGCAAGCUACAGGAGACCAACUUGCGGGCAGUGAGUGCGCCCGUGCCCGGCGAGAGCAGCCCCAGCCUGGAGCUGUGCCAGGCUUUUGCCCGCCAGCGCGCCCAGGACGUGUCAGAGCAUGUAAGUGCUCUGCUAGAAAAGGACAAGCAGAUAGAAGAGCUACGGCAGGAAUGCCACUUCCUGCAGGCACGCGUCGCCUCGGGCCUGAGGAGCGCCCCUCAUUCUGGAGGAGGAGCCUCCAGUGCCCAGGGGCUCGACGUCAGCGACUUGGACCGGCUGCAGCGCGAGUCCCAGCGAGAGGUGCUGCGUCUGCAGAGGCAGUUGACUCUGCAGCAGGGCAAGGGCGGCGCUUGGGCCGAGGCGGGCGGCCAGAGCGCACCCUGCGAGGAGGCGCGACGCCAGGUGCUGGCGCUGGAGCUAGAGCUGGGCGCGCGGCGGCGCGAGUGCGAGGAGCUGGGCGCGCAGGCGGCGGCAGCGCGGCGGCGGGGCGAUGAGGCAGAGGCGCAGCUGCAGGCAGCGCUGCGCAAGGGCGCCUGGCUGGCGGAGGAGAACGGCCGGCUGAAGGCCCAGGCUGACUGGGUGCGGAAGGUGGCAGCCGAGACCAGAGACGUAUGCGAGCAGCUGGGCCGCGCGUGUCAGGAGCGCGACGCCACCGGCUUGCUGGCUGAGCAGCUGCUGCAGCAGGCAACGCGCGGACAAGACAGACAGCAGCAGCUGCAGCAUGACCUGCAGAAGGCCCUGUGUGACCUCCAGAUUGCCUGGAAGGAGAUACAGUCGCUGCAAUGUCAGCCUGGCCACCCUUCCGAGCAGCCCCAGGAGGCCGCCCAAGCCGCGGCGUCCCAAGCCAGGGAUAGUGGAAGCCCCAAGUUCCAGCCAGGGCCUGAAGACCACGCAGUGUCCCAGCCCAGCAGAGACAAACAGGAGAAAAGGGAAGCCUUCCUGGAGGAGAGACCAGUUGCCUUUGGGGAACCAGCCAGUGCCCUCCAAGUGCCAGACAGAGUCCCAACCAGCUGUCCUCUGGACUCCAGGACCGAAGCCAAGAAAAGCAGCUCCGGGUCGAACUCCUCGUCCGAAGUGGAGUCCUUGUGGGCCACCGUACCUUCCUGCCCUGCUCUGGACAUGGACACAGCCAGCGAGGUGGAUGAUCUGGAGCCAGACAGUGUGUCCCCGGCCCUGGAAGUGGGGGGCUCAGAGGCUCCCGCUGCCCCCAAAUGCAAGAUCUUCCUGGCUCGGUAUAGCUACAACCCAUUCGAGGGGCCCAAUGAGCACCCCGAGGGCGAGCUUCCCCUAACAGCUGGGGACUAUGUAUAUGUCUUCGGGGACAUUGACGAGGAUGGCUUCUAUGAGGGUAAGCUUGAGGAUGGCCGGCAGGGGCUGGUGCCCUCCAACUUGGUAGAGCAGGUUCGAGACAGUGAUGUCCUGGGCUGCCAGCCCUUCAAGUCCCCUGACCUUGGCCCCACUCAGCUCCUGGCUGGGCAGGGCAAAGCUUUGAAGAAAGACAGCUUAUUACCUGUGGAAGCCCAAGGAGCAGUAGACAGAGGGCUAUGCCAGAUGGGAAGGUUGAGCUCCAAGGCAGAAGUGGCAAUAGAUAUUUUGGAGACCAGCUGGCUGAGCUCUCCACACGGCUUCUACAGACCCCUUGUAGCGAAUAAAGGGGUGCUCUGUGUGGCCCCCAUGCAACUACAUAUGCAGGGCGUCACAGCCACGUCCGCCAAGAUCACCUGGGUCUGUAGCAGCAGUAGCUGCCCCCAUGUAGUGUACCUCAAUGACCAGGAGCAUACCCUGACCCCCGCUGGAGUGAGCUGCUACACCUUCCAUGGCUUACAUCCUGGCACACAAUACCAGGCGCGGGUAGAAGUGCAACUGCCGUGGGACUUGCCACAGGUGUGCUGGGAAACGAUGUCCUCCACCAUCACCUUCGACACACCCUUAGCAGGACCUCCUGACCCUCCACUGGAUGUGCUGGUGGAGUGCCACACCUCUCCAGGCCUGCUGGUGGUCAGCUGGCUCCCGGUGACCAUUGACUUGGCUGGGUCCUCCAAUGGGGUCCAGGUCACUGGCUAUGCUGUGUAUGCAGACGGGUUCAAGGUUGCAGAGGUUACUGAUGCUACCGCUGGUAGCACACUGUUGGAAUUUUCCCAGCUGCGGGUGCCCCUAAUGUGCCAGAAGGUCUCAGUGAGAACCAUGUCACUCUGUGGUGAGUCCCUGGAUUCAGUGCCAGCUCAGAUCCCUGAGGACUGCUUCACCUGUCAACAAUUGCUGGAGACUCCUCCCUUUAGCUACACUUGUGGUGAUCUAUCCACCCGCAGAGUCACCUUCCCCGUCUGCGCUCAGAAGCUGGCACUUGCUUCUCUGAGUGCCAAGGCCAGCCUCCACAGUCCUGGAAGCUGCAGGGAGCCCCAGGCCAAGUUCCUAGAAGCAUUCUAUGAAGAAUCCACAAGGAGUCGGUCCCCAAUGUCCAACCUGAGUUCAAAAGAAGAAUGUCCAAAUGAAGGAGCUGGCAGCCAAGCCCAGGGGCCCACAGAUGCCCAGGAGGGCUGCAGGAAAGACCUGCUCUUUCAAAAGAGUCCCCAGAUCUACAGGCCACCUCUGAUCAAUAGCCAGUAUAGGGGCCAAGAAAACCACUACUGGCACAUGGGCACCAGCAAAAGCCAUGCCCCAGGAUUCAUCCAUCUGUCCCCUGAGUGUGGGACCAGAAAAGAACCAUGUCAGGAAAAGGCUGCCCUUGAGAAGGAUCUUAAGCAAAAGCAAGAUGCCCAAGUGUUCAUGCCUCCGCACCUGGGCAUCAGCCAACAAUACAUGUCUGACUUCCAUAGCAUUCUGGAGGAGGAGGAGGCAGUGUGCUUGCGUCCAUGGCACACGGAGAUGCGAGAGCAGAGAAAGGAGCUCAGACCCCAGAGUGGGCGAGGACAGGCUCUGGGGGGUAAGAGAGAGUGCCAGCUUUGUGAGCCUACCUCAGCGCUGUGUCCACCUCCAUCCAGCAAAGUCAUUAAGAUGUCCAGGGGUGGCCCCCCACAGCCAGGGUCAGAGGCCAACACUCCAGCCAGGAUCUUUGUGGCCCUCUGUGAUUAUAACCCCCUAGUGAUGUCUUCCAACCCUGAGACUGUGGAGGAGGAGCUGGCCUUCCAGAAAGGGCAGUUGCUGAGAGUGUGGGGCUCUCAAGACCCCCACGGCUUCUACCAUGGCGAGUGCAAUGGGCAACUGGGCAACAUCCCUGGGCACCUGGUGGCUGAGAUAGAGAUGGGCUUGGAGCAGAGUUACAAGAGGUGGCAUUUGCCAGUACAAGAGCACCUGCCCUCUGUGCCCCACCUCGAGGACUUUGGGGGGGUCACCAGCCGACGGGACCCCUUCCUCACACCCCAGGGGAACUCCAGGAGAUCCCCACUAUGGACUCCAAAGACCAUGAUGGCUGCUCUGGACUAUGAUCCCAGGGAUGGGCAAACAGGGGGCCAGGUGAAGGGCAAGCUGGUGUUGAGGGCGGGGGAUGUGGUCACAGUCUAUGGGCCCAUGGAUGACAAAGGAUUCUAUUAUGGAGAAUCGGGUGGCCACAGGGGCCUGGUGCCAGCCCACCUGCUAGAUCAUGUGUCCCUCCAUGGAGAGUGA